CUAGCACCAUUCCCUGCCACAGUGAUUCACUCAGAGAGUUGAAACAGUUCCUUCGUUUUCAAAGAAGAGAAAGGUCCUUGGGUGAGAAUUGAGAUGGAGCUUCCAAAUGAAAGUGAGGCAAGAACCUAUAGGCUCCCAAUAGGUUACCGUUUUGAUCCCACAGAUGAAGUUCUCACAGGCUAUUACCUUCGGAAGAAGAUAUUAUCUCAACCACUUCCCCAUAACCUCGUACCCGAAUGUGAUGUUUUCCAAACUGAGCCAUGGAGGCUGCAAGGAGGAAUGACGUCACUCCCCCAACUUGAGCAGUUGCGAAAUGAACCACGCAACCGGAUGAAUCUUGUUGAUUCUUUUUACAGUGAAAGAUGGGAGAGGUAUUUGAAUUGGCAGAAGUUUUUCUUCUAUGACCCCAAGGACCGUGUGUUUGAAAACCCUCAGAAGAUUGGUGCUGGAAAUGGAGAAUGGAGAGGAGUUGAAAGAGGCCAGCAAAUAGAGCUUUCUGGCAAAGAGGUCAUUGCAAAAAGAAAUACUUACGUCUUCUGGGAAGGCAAUGGUGACAAUUUCACAAGAACUAACUGGCUCAUGAAUGAAUUUCAUCUGAUUCUCAAAUCUAACCCAACCAUGAGAUCUGGUAUGGGCAUUUAUCGAAUCUUUGAAGUAGAAGGAAGGAGAAGAAAGAAAGCUAGAGUGUCCCGGGAGGGGGCUUCUACAAACGGCAACAGUGGGGAAGUAAUCGAUGCCGUACCCACUGUCAUUGAUUUGACUGAGACGUGUGGCAGUGUGGGUGAUACUCCUCCUCCUGGUUCACCAUGUUGAUUGUUGAGUAGUGGCAGUGAAACUGCCUAGUUAGUUAGGAGAAUGUUGCUCAAAAACCAUCAUUUUGUAAGAAACCAUUUGUGUAGUCCCAUAUGCACCAAACAACUCUUACCUUAGGUUGUAGUGUGCAUGAACUGUGUAUAUAGGAGUUUGUUUUGUGUUGUGGGCUCACCAAUUAAUAAGAAGCAACUGUUAAUGUUUAUGACUGA